AUGACCCCAGAAUGGCAGCCAGCCAAGGACUAUCGGGAGCGUCCCGUUGCCGUUCUCGGCGCAGGUGUUUUGGGCCGUCGAGUCGCCUGCAUUUGGGCAUCGGCAGGGUAUAAUGUCCAAGUCCGUGACCCGAGCUCGGAACAACGCACAGAUUGCGUCAACUACGUGAAACAGAAUGUAGCUUCGUACGCCGAGCACACAGGAGCGGAGCCCGGCGAGAUUACAGUAUUCGAAGAUUUGGCGCAGGCGGUUAACGAUGCCUGGCUUGUUAUCGAAGCCGUCCCCGAGAAACUCCCGCUGAAAAUCGACACCUUCGCUGAGCUUGAGAAGUUGGCUCCCAAUGACUGCAUCUUAGCGACCAACUCUUCUUCGUAUAAGUCCUCGGAGAUGCUCGACAAGGUGUCUGCUGUCGCUAAGCCCCGUAUCCUGAACAUGCACUAUUACAUGCCGCCGCAAGUCAUGGUUGUGGAACUGAUGACUGACGGCUAUACUUAUCCAUCAAUCCUCCAGUUCCUGGUCGAGCGCCUGAAGGAAGCAGCCACUAAGCCAUAUGUUGCCAGGAAGGAGUCAACGGGGUUUAUCUUUAACCGCAUGUGGGCUGCGGUCAAGCGAGAGGCUUUGACGAUUAUUGCCGAGGAUGUUUCGACGCCGGAGGAGAUUGAUUCGAUGUGGACGGAGAUGUUUAUCAAGCCAGCAACUUUGCCUUGCAAGACCAUGGACGCUGUCGGUCUCGACACGGUGUCUUUGAUCGAAAAACACUAUAUUGCGGAGCGAGGCCUCUCUGCCGACAAAACGGUCGACUUCCUCCAAGCCAAUUACCUGGAUCAAGGCAAACUCGGAUCCAAGUGUCCCCAUGGCGGGCUUUACCCACCCGCUGAAGUCACCAACGGCGAUUCUAAGAGCGCCAACCUUUUGGUUCUCGACAUUGGCUUGUCAGCUAAGCAACCGAGCUUGACAGCCGGCGAGGUCCUCGAAAUUUCGCCGGCCGGGCGUGUGCAGCGGGUUCUCGCCAAAGGGCAAGCCCUGCCGGAUGGAAUUGCCGUCGACCCCAACAGCAAGCGCAUGUUCUGGACCGCAAUGGGUAUUCCCGGCAAGCAAGACGGGGCCGUGUUGUCAGCCAACUUGGAUGGGACUGACACUCAGACGAUCGUCCCACCGGGAACUAUUAAUACGCCCAAGCAGAUGACCAUGGACACGACGUCACAGAAACUCUACAUCUCUGACCGCGAGGGGUGUCGUGUCUUCCGCUGCAAUUUCGACGGGUCAGAGCUGGAAGUUCUGGUCCAAGCCGGCGGCGAAACAAAGGGGACCUCGGACGCUGCUCAGACUUCCAUGAACUGGUGCGUUGGUAUUACGGUUGCGCCACAGUUUGGCAAGUUCUACUGGACUCAGAAAGGCCCUUCAAAGAGUGGACAGGGGCGUAUUUUCUCUGCAAAUAUCGUGACCCCCGAGGGCCAGUCAGCCUCCGACAGGGACGACAUUCGGUGUAUUCUGGGAGGACUGCCGGAACCCAUUGAUCUGGAAGUUGAUGAAGAGUCCAAAGCCCUUUAUUGGACUGAUCGUGGGGAGUUGCCCAUCGGUAACUCCCUGAAUAGAUUGCAUCUUGAUCAAUUCGGUCAUCCCUUGCCGAGCAUGUCUCCUCUGGGCUACGAAUUGCUUACCCGGAAUCUGCACGAAGCCAUUGGAUUGAAGUUGGACUUGCCAAACAACAGCAUCUACCUGACCGACCUGGGUGGUCAUCUCUAUCGGUGUGACCAUGACGGGAAAAACAAGGUGACCUUGCUGGCCGAUGAAAACCGGGCUUUCACGGGGAUCGCCCUGGCUUGAUCGACGAGUCG